AUGUCAAGGGAUACUACUGCAACUAUUGUCUCAACUACGGUGACCUCCUCAAGUAUAGCUGUGGCGUCUUCAAUCUUCGAGAGCAGCGCGGAGCCAACCACUGCAACAGAAGACGCUACAACUACUGCGGGUCUAACUAUUUUGACAGUAGAACUAAGCUCUACUAUCAUAGAUAGUACGACAGAGACAUCAAAUAUCUCAGCUGCCACUACCACGUUGGCUGUUUUAACUACUGAGACCUCUUUAGCCAGAGAGACGAGCUCCGAGAUGACUGAAAGUAGUUCGGAGGAAUCUAAUGCUACAGAAGACUCUGCUACCACUGUACUUUCAACAACUUCAACUUCGGAACUAAGCUCUACUGUUACCGGGAGAAGCACUGGAGUAUCAACUGCCACAGAAGAAGCCACUACUACUGCUUUUAUUUCAACUUCAGAAAGAAGGCUCUUGGACUACAGAAGUUUCAGCAACUUUAGUAAUGGAACUAAGCUCUACAAUUGUCAAGAGCAGCACUGGGAUAGCUAUUAUUACAGAAGGCACUAUUACUACCGCCAUUUCUACCGCAUUUCUACCAUAGAAACUUCUUCAGUCGUUGAUUUAAGCUCUACGAUCAUCGAAAGUAGCAGCGAGUUAAUCACCUCGUCACAAGAACCCACUGCUAUAGAAUCUGCCUCAACUACCGAGCUAAUCCCCACCACCAGGGAGAUAAUAACAACUUCUGAAGCCACAACCACGACUACCACAGAAGCAGCUGGUCCUCCCACGAUCACCAAUCUUUCGUUCGACAACACUCUAGAACCUUGGACCGUCACCCAGCCCAACCUCGUCUCACUAUCCCUCGACACCAACAUAAAGCACGACGGCAGAAGCUUUGCACACAUGAGCUUCUCCCCCGCCGGCGGAUCAACAAGCUACGUCAACCAGACAUUUUCAUCGCCUCCUCAAGCCGGGGUUAGUUAUCCAGCUUCCGCGUGGGUGCGCCCUGGAAAUGGAUGCACCCUCGCGGUGCUGGGUUGUGCUUAUGGAAAUGCAGGGUUAUUCGCUGGACGGCGAAAUCUCGUUGUUGCUGCGAUGGGUACACAGCCGGGGGCGAUUAAUCAGUGGCAGGAGAUAUCGUAUACAUAUACGUACACUCAGAGCCAGAUCGAUCAGGGUGUUUUGGCUCUUAAUAUUGGGUUUAUGUGUAAUGCAGGCUCUGAAGCCUGGAUUGAUUCGGUUACGUUUUCAGGGCCCUAA